UGUGAACAUAGCAUUUUGCGCCAAAGUUGUACCGGUGUAGAGUCCUCUGUUUAGGUGGCGUACGGGAACCCCAGCUAGCAAGCAUGAUUGGAAUUCAGCAGCUGAAUUUGGAAAACCGGGAGCGAUGCCGCGUUGUUCUAGACGGGCCUCAAACAAAAGACUCCAUCACUGUGGCAGUGGAAGGAAACAUCGGGAGUGGCAAAUCUACCUUCUUGCAGUACUUUAAAAAGUUUCCUGAAGUCGAGGUGAUACCUGAACCAGUCAAUAAGUGGAAGGAUGUUGAUGGUUUUAAUACACUGGAUCUGAUGUACAAGGAUGCUUCACGAUGGAGUCUAGCUUUCCAGUCCUAUGUACAGCUCACCAUGGCAGAGGGACAUAAAAAAAACAAGGAAAAGAGUGUGAAGAUGAUGGAAAGGUCGCUGUUCAGUGCCAGAAACUGCUUUGUAGAAAAUCUCUACAAAGGUGGUCUGAUGCCUGAGGUCGACUACGCCAUUCUGUCUGAGUUCUAUGGAUGGAUUACAGAAAAUGAGGACACAAACGUUGAUUUGAUUGUUUAUCUGCGUGCAAACCCAGAAGUGUGUCAAAACAGGAUCCGAAUGAGGAAUCGACAAGAAGAGAAGGGAGUCCCAAUUGAGUAUUUAAAGUCACUUCAUGCACUACACGAAGACUGGCUGAUUGACCAGAAUAAAUUCAAGCUUCCAGCUCCUCUCCUAGUGAUAGACGCCAACCAUGACAUCAAAGACUUGUAUUCAAAGUUCGAGGAUGCCAAAGAAGAGAUAUUUUCUAAAUUAUCUUGAUAAUCAUUGUUUUUGUUUAAGUUUAUAUAUCACAGCCAUCAGUAGAGAUCAUUUGUGUAAACGUGUCUCCGAAUCAUUUGAGAUAUACUGUAUUCAAUCUAAUAAGCCCGCUGUGCGCUAACAAAUAAGAAAUAGAAAAUUAAAAGUGGUGCACUUGACCAAAACGAUAUAUGGAGAGAAAUAAUUUUCGGGUGAAAUUUUGGUGGUUAAAACAACUUACUUGUAUUUCAUUAACAUACCUUUUUGUACCGAAACAAUCUAGAGACUUUGGUUAAAAGACUGACAAUUAUAUUGGCAGAUCAGUAAAGGAAGGAACUUUUUAUAUGUUUCAGUUAUCGCACCAGUCAUCUUUUCCUGAAAAAUGUGGAAGUAUGUUUAUAGGUGUAGGUGUGCUUAAAAGAUUGAAUACAGUAAAUAGAAUGUUGAGAAAUUUUCGAUCGGUUCAUUGAGGUCAGAAUACAUAUUAAAUUCAUAAUUUUAUUUGUGUAGCAAAAGUAGUCUUCCAACUAUUAAAUCAUUAUCAAGAUGAAAUUCAUCACCUCUUGCAAUAGCAAACACAAAAAUCAUUUUGCCUUUGAAAUUUGAAAUAUAACUAUCUACAUAUAAUAUUUCUGUGUCUAAGAUCAAUGAUUUUUGUGCAUCAUUGACAUGUGUUGAGUUCUGGCUUAUGACUGUUUUCAUUUUAUUCUAUUUUAAAAAAAAAAAAUUUUUAAAGAAAAUUGAAAACUUUUUUACAAUAGAAAAUUAGAAUUUACAGAACACAAUUCAACACAUUUCAAUAAAAUCUAAUGCUUUUCGGAUACAUCAAUUAAAAACCAAAUACUCAAUACCUCUGUGUGGGUAAACCUGACUAGUCCAGAUUGUAAAACAAUUGUACCUCUUUACUCGGAGUUUUCCUCAGUAACUUUUCCAUGCAUAACUAAAGAGAUGUUUCUUAGACUACGGGUCCCAAUAUCUUAUGAUGCCUAACAAGCGUUCUUUGUAGAGCUAACUUGUGACCUAUGCUCUCAAUUUUGAUAUUCUUUUACACAGAACAAGAACUGAAAUUUAAUAAGGCCAUUUACUUUGUGCAUCUGUAUUUAAAUAUAACAGGAACCCUCUUGGUAACAACAGGAUCUACACCACUUGAUAUUAACUACUUGUGGUCAUCUGAUAAAUUAUUUAUAUAAAAUACAUGUAAUAUAUGUCGUUUCAUCAGCCAUGAAUUGUAUUUUAUAAUUAGUUUUUUUUUUUUUUUUAUAUACAUAGGUCUUUUAGUUCCUUCGAUCUUUUUAUGAAAGUUUGAAGGUCAUUUAGUUCCUUCGAUCUUUUUAUGAAAGUUUUAUCAAAAUAAUUUUAGUGCAUGUGAAGAUGGGUACCACCUGAUUGUCAACAAUGUUUUAGUUAUUGAAAAGCCCUAUUUUUGAGUCUCUUAAAAAACAUUCAUUUGAUGAUAUAUUUUUUAUCAAAAUUAGUUUUGAGGUAUUUUAUUUUAUGGAAAUACUGUUGCAUUUAUCGACCCGAUUGUCAAGUAAAAAGUGUCCCAGAUAUAAACUAUAGCAGGUAACACGUCAGGAAAUAUAUUCUCUUUUUUAUUCUUUAGAUAUUAUAGAUGAAUAAGUGUAUCUUAUGUAGUAGUGCUAUUACUUUUUUAUUUUUAUGUCUAAAGAAUUGUGUUUUUCUCUUUGAUUAAUGUAUGUAUAUAUCUGAUAUAUAAGCUGCCAUAUUGUGUUCUUAAUCUCUUUUCCAGGAGAUUUCCACUCAAGAGAUCUAAAUCUGUAAAACAUCUCAUUUCAUUCACACUUUUCAGCACUAGAACAGUCUGUCCAUAAUGAUUCAGUGUUUCUCACAUUUUCUGCCAAAAUUAUUUUAAUACCAUUUUUUGCAUAAAAUGACUUGCAAUAUCAGGAUAUGUUUUUGUUUAAAUAAUAUUUCCUCAAUAUCAUUUAUUACCAUUUCAUAACUUUAUGCCACCCCGUCAAAAACAUAUGUCACAAAACCAUCUGUCAUCCAAAAUUGCCCAAUUUUGCAUACAAAUACUUCACCAGACAAAGUGCUGCAAAACCGGGUCAUAUGCCGCUGUAUCUAAAGUUGCAGCCCUUUGUUCAAUAGAAAAAAAAAAAUUUAUGAGGUUUUUAUAGAAAAUGAAUCUGACAAGGGAAAUAACUCUAGCAUUACAAAAAUAUCUCUAUUCAUUUCGGUAGAAUCUCUCCUUAUCAAUUAUUUGGUUAUUUUCGUGCUAAUAUGAUCUAUCAUCACUAAUAUCGGAUUACUUUAUUCCUGCUUGUUAUAUAGCUGUAGUACUAAAUUAUGUGUGUAAAUGGAUACCGACGAUGGCUUUAGCUAUAACUAGUAUUUAGAAUGAAUUAUUUGAACUUUUAAUUAUUUUAGUGAAUUUAGUUAAGAUAUUCAAUAAUUCAAGUGUGAUCACUAAAUUGUGUAUAUAUAUAGAAUUAUUUGUACAAUGAAGUAUGAGGAGAAAAGUGAAGUCUUGAUUUAGGUAUCAACCUGAACAUUUAUUUGAUGCAAUAGUUUAGAGUGUUAAAUCAGGGGCUAUUAACUCAUCCUCUAGUCUAUUCACCACAAACACCGAUACCAAAAUUACUCAAAUGAGUAUAGAAUGUUUAUUUUGUUGUGUUUAGAAUUUUUUGUAAAUAUUUAGUAAUUUUAUAUUGGGAGUUUUAUAGAAGUUAGAUAUGCAGUAUGAGAGGGGGAUGUUCAUGUGAUGUUAGUUCUUGUGUACGUGUGUAAUUAUGAAAUGUGUCGGUCCCAAAUUAAAGUGGGAGUUAGAAUAAUGUCAUACAAAUUUGCAUGAAAUUAUAUUUAAACUUUAUUUUAGUGUUAACAUUUCUUUCACUGACGGAAAUUUAUAGGUUUUUGUGCAUAUGACUUCUUUUAAAUAGAUUUUUUUAAAAUGUUUUAACCAAUGCAAAAAAAAAACAUAUAGCAUUUCAAGAAAAAUCCUUUCUUUUUACUGGUGAUUACAAAAUUACUUUAAAUAUUUGCCAUUAUUUUAUCUCUCUGUGCAUGCUUCUCUGUGAUAAAGCAACUAGUGUGAAAGUCUGGGUGAGAGAUAUAAUAUUGUGUUACAAAAGCGUAAAUCUUUUUGUAUAGAUACUAUUCACAGCAUUGAAUGUAAUGCUUACCACACUUGUAAAUACACUAGCACCUUAAUCAGCUGGGAGAAUUUCUGGCUCAUUUGAUAGACUUCUGAGGUUCAAUUCCGAGCAGAAGAGUUUGAAAUUAAAGACCACCUUGCAUAAUAAGCAGUUCAACAUGUCUCUUCAUUCAACAUUUCACUAAAAUGUAGGAGUGUAUGCAUUACACUUAAUUUGUCAUUUUGACGUGUUUCAAUGUCCUAAAGAACUGUCAAAUUUAAAAUGGAAUGCAUUUCCCCCGAAUUUCAUUUCAGAUCCCAAUUUUGACUUUUAUAUGGAAUUUUGGGGAAUGAAUUAUUCUACUUUUUGUAAAUAUGAAAUUUGAACAAAAUUUAUGUAUUUAAAAAAAAGAAAGGGUCCAUCGCAAAUAUUUAUGUACCUGUACAUGAAUUAGCUUAAUGGGGAAAAAAAAGAACAUUUAAAAUUUGACAAAAGUGCUGACAUAUUUAUUGUGAAGUGUAAAUGUAUAUUACAGAGUUUACAUGUAGGAAAUGCUUAGUAAGAACCGAAUGUUUAGUAAUGCUGAAGGAUUUCAAUCAACAACGACUUUACGUUUUAUACAACAGCAGUUGUUACUGCUGCUGAAAUGUUGUACCCUUCUUACGGCAGCUACAUUGUCCCAACAAUCUGUUAUUGGAUUGGAAAUAAUAAAAAUAAAUUCAAAUUGU